AUGGCUCAGAAAGCGUGGGUCAGCAUGCUCUUCCACAGCCGCAGGGCUCAGCUCUUGCUAGUCAACUCCCUGACGUUCGGGCUGGAGGUCUGCCUGGCUGCCGGGAUCACCUAUGUGCCCCCACUCUUGCUGGAAGUGGGUGUGGAGGAGAAGUUCAUGACCAUGGUUUUGGGGAUAGGGCCUGUCCUCGGCCUGGUCUUCGUCCCGCUGAUCGGAUCCGCCAGUGACCACUGGCAGAGCAGCUAUGGCCGACGGCGACCUUUCAUCUGGGUCCUGUGCCUGGGGGUCUUGCUGAGCCUCUUCACCAUCCCCCAUGCCAACCACCUGGCAGGCCUCUUUGCCCUCGAUGCCCGCCCCCUGGAAAUCGCCUUCCUCAUCCUAGGCAUUGGCUUGCUGGACUUCUGCGGCCAGGUCUGCUUCACUCCCUUGGAGGCCUUGCUCUCGGACCUCUUCCAGGAGCCUGACAAUUGCCGGCAGGCCUUCUCCAUGUAUGCCUUCAUGGUCAGCCUGGGCGGCUGCAUCGGCUACCUCCUUCCAGCCAUUGACUGGGACGGUAGCUUCCUGGCCCCUUACUUGGGGGGACAGGAGAAGUGCCUCUUUAGCCUCCUUGCCAUCAUCUUCCUCGGUUGCGUCCUGGCCACCCUCUUUGUGACCGAGGAGGCCGCAGCACGGACGGACACUCUGAUGGGUCCCGCACUGAAGGACUCUUCCCCCAGGCCCUCGUCUCCCAGCUGCUGCUCUUGCCGAGUCUCCAAGAGCCUCCUGCAAGCGAGCCACAUGGUGCAAGCCGUGAGGAACCUCUGCACCUUGGUCCCGCGGCUGCACGGCCUCUGCUGCCGCAUCCCCAAGGUGGUCCAGCAGCUCUUUGUGGCCGAGCUGUGCAGCUGGAUGGCCUUCAUGACGUUCACAUUGUUUUACACGGACUUCGUUGGGGAAAGGCUGUACCAGGGGGUUCCCAGGGCCAAGCCAGGCACGGAAGCCAGACGUCACUAUGACGAAGGUGUGCGCAUGGGCAGCCUGGGCCUGUUCCUGCAGUGCGUCACCUCCACCUUCUUCUCGACAAUCAUGGACCGCAUGGUGAAGCAGUUUGGGACGCGGGCGGUCUAUCUGGCCAGCGUGACCUUCUUCCCCCUGGCUGCCUUCGUCGUGUGCCUUUCCCGCAGUGUCCUCAUCGUCACCCUCUCGGCCGCCUUGACGGGCUUCACCUUCUCCGCGCUCCAGAUCCUGCCGUACACGCUGGCUGCGCUGUACCAUCACGACAAGCAGGUAUUUUUGCAUAAGUACAAAAGCAAAGAGGAAGAGGACGCUGCUCAGCUGGACAUGAAAACGGGCUUCCCCAAAGGGCCUCUCUCCAGCCAGAAGCUGCCCUACCAGAAUGGCCACGCCGGGGGCCUCUUCUCCUCCCCGCCGGCUCCCAGCUCAGCCCUGUGCGUCAGCUCCCCCUGCGAGGUCUCGCUCAUGAUGAUGGUGGGAGACCCGGACUCCGCAGCACCCGGCCGAGGGAUCUGCCUGGACCUGGCUAUUCUGGACAGUGCUUUCCUCCUCUCUCAGGUUGUUCCAUCCCUCAUCCUGGGGUCUGUCGUCCAGUUUACACAGUCAGUGACUGCCUACAUGGUGUCAGCCGCCGGCUUCGGCCUCGUGGCCAUUUACUUUGCAACCAAAGUUGUCUUCGAUAAGAGCGAUAUGGCCAAGUAUUCCGCGUAGCGAGGACUUUUUGCACGCAGGUGGGCGCGGGGCUGGCGGAUGCACGUGCACACUUAUGCUGUAUGUUACGGGAAUCCCCACGUUUCGUGCCUUCUCCCUAUCUCUAGUGCUAUCUGUGGGAGCCUGACUGUGCUGCCCCGGGGGCACGUGGAAACGGAGAGGAUGCAGGGCUCAUCUCAGGUGUAUAAAGAAGGACAUUGCAACCAUCAGUGCUUUCUGCAUGGUGCCUUUAUCAAAGGCUAGCACUGCACAGGGAGCACCAAAGAGGAUUGCUGAGGUCAAAGGGGAAAGAAGAGUGUUUGCCUUCAGCAGCAGGGAGGGGCAGUGACAUUGUGUGUGCAUGUGUGUGGGGGAACUCCUUUUGCAAAGAGGGGAGCUGAAACCCUGCCUUGCUCGAGGUGGGGAGGUUCUUAUCUUGGCUUUGAACCAAAUUCCCACCUCUAGCUGGUGUGAACUGGGAUAUUCGGGGAGAGGAGGCCUGGCAUGGGGUGUGCUGGCAGAGGUAGCAGGGAAGCCCCAUGCCCGAGUGAGCUCAGGUUUCUGCCGCGUUGGCUGAGCUGCCCGGAGGGGCUGCUGGCUGGCGUGAGGGCGCUGGCAGAGACCAGCAGAGCUGCGGUGGGGGCUGUGCGCGCCUCGCCGCCUCUGUUAAUCCCUUUGCUCUUACAAGCACUGGAGUGAUGCACAGCCAGGCCUCCCUUCUGAAUGGGCUCUUUGCUUUCUGCACCCAAAGUGCCUGGCACCGAUCUGCAGCGCCUUUAUAAAAGGGCUUGGCCAGAGGCAGCAAACAGGCUGUGUUCACAAGGCCCCCUGCUCAGUAUUUUAUAGCAUGGGUCAGACCUCAUUAGCCUGACCAUUAACCUACAGUUAAGUGCAAUAAUCCAUGGCAGGAUGUGAGGGUCCUGGUGUCCUCCGAGCUCCCCAGAUGCUGGAAGCACUUAGCCCCUGACCCCCAUGCUUGCCGUGUGUUUAUGUGGUGCCCCUUCCUGCUACCCCUGCCCUGCAUGGAGCCUAGAGGUUAAAAUCUGACAGCUUUCUCACUGCAAGCACGGGAACUGAUGAGAAGCGGAGGCUGGGGAACCGCCAUUGCCCGUAGUCUUUAGGGCAGGUGAGAUCUGUAUUGGGCAGGGAUGGUUCAGGUAUGGCUUAGUCCCCCCGCCGGGGCAGGGGGUUGGACUAGAUGAGCUCUGAAGGACCCUUUCCCACCUUGUUUUCUGCGACUGCUGAUGCAAUUGCAGCUUCCUCCGUCUCGUGUUGCCCCACAACAACCCAGUGGGGGAGAUUUCCUGGAGCCAUGAUAACACCCAUGGACCUGACUCCUAUAGGAAGCGUAUGAAAGCCGGGUUCCCACCUACUCAGUCUGCCCCAAGCCAAUGCAAAGCUCCUCCAUUAUCCUGCCCUCAGGUACAGCCUCCUGAUGAUACAACUGGGGGCUGAAUUUGCCUCCCAGAGACUUCUCUAGAAUUGACUGCUCCGCAUGUGUGUACCAGCUCCCUGGGCUCAGGGAGACCCUCCUGCUCGCUCAAUAGAUAUUCGUGUCCUCGGCCCCAAAAGUGAUUAUCUUCUGGUGGCAUCCGUGCAGUAGGGGACUUGUGAGGCGGGGCGAAUUGCUGGAAUGUGCCCCUCUAAGUCCCCUCCAUCCUCCUCCACCAAAACCCCACAUCCAGCCUUUCAAGCGCGAGUAGACGUGGCUCUCCCCUGCCUCCAACUGGUAUGUUGUUUUAAAUAGAAUCUGCUAGUUCAUGCAUAUUUAAUCAUGCAUUAGAGUAACCGGUCUUUGCAAUUACUGAGUUGCAGAUGAGGUGGUAUUGACUGUGAGGAAGCCUCUUUGU